UAGCACACAAGUUUAAUUCCUAACUCGGUGAUCAAUUGAUCAUCAACGACACCCAAGUUUCCAUGCAUGGAUAAACAAUAAGAUCAUGAAAGACCGAAUCAAAUCACCGGGAGACCGAAAGCCGCCAAUUCCGGUCGCUUCUGGCGCUCGUACGGUGUAUAAAUACCCCCACGGAUCCCCGAGCCUUUUGUCCUCAGACUCAAGACUCUCAAAGAGGCACCCACAUCUACUCAACACGAACACACGUUUUUGAGCAAUCGGCCGGCUAAGACCAGCUAGCCCUACGCACUACGCGACAUACAAUGGACUUCCCCGGAGACGCCGAGGAUUUCGCCCUCGAGUUCAUCCGCGAGCACCUGCUCGGCGGCGACGCCCCUGUACUGCCGCCUGCUGCUGUACCGGCGGCGGCGGCGUACCUACCCACCAGUACCAUGUUCUUGCCACAGCAGCAGCGAGGCUACGCAGGCCUAACGCCGCAGGAGUACGUGGUGGAUUCCGCCCCGGCUGCUGAUCAGGCCGCGUUCCGUGAUGAUCAGCCCGAUCCGGCGGCCGACGUGAUGAUCAUGUUCGGAGGCGAGCGCUUCCCUGCGGUGAAGCCGUCGUCGUCGUCGUCGCCAUCGCUGACUGUCACCGUGCCCCCCAGCUCGUUCGGAUCAUGGGCGCCGGCCGCCGUGCCCGCCGUGGCGGCCACGGCCGCCGCCGUGGAGGACUUCCGCAAGUACCGAGGCGUGCGGCAGCGGCCGUGGGGGAAGUUCGCGGCGGAGAUCCGCGACCCGAAGCGGCGCGGGUCGCGCGUGUGGCUGGGCACGUACGACACCCCCGUGGAGGCCGCGCGCGCCUACGACCGCGCCGCCUUCCGCAUGCGUGGCGCCAAGGCCAUCCUCAACUUCCCCAACGAGGUCGGCACACGCGGCGCCGAACUGUGGGCUACGCCGCCGCCGACGAACAAAAGGAAGCGGCAGCCGGAGGACGACACCGCCGCCGCCGACGACGUCGAGGUGAUCGGAGUGGCAAACAAGGCUGUAAAGACCGAAGCGCCGACGUCCGCCUACUCAUCGUCGUCACUGUCAUCCAUGUCGCGGGACACGACGGCGACCACGUCGUCGGCGGGGACGUCGACUGGGUCGUCGGAGCCCACGAGUUUUCCGGUGGUGACGCCGUCGAGCUGGAGCUGGGACCAGUACUGGGACGGCCUGCCGCCGCUGUCGCCUCUGUCGCCGCACCCGGCGUUGGGGUUCCCGCAGCUCACCGUUAGCUAAGAAAUAAUUAAGCGCCGAUUAGCUGAAAUGGCCUCACUAAUACUACUACUGCUACUCCUGUUUUUUCGUUGUUAAUUAACGGCACGAACAUGUACAAAAACACACAAGGAGAAGACAAUAAUGGAGUACGGUGCCGAUGAAGUCAUUAGUAUUUUUACAGUUUCUUCUUCUUAAAAAAACACAGAGAGGUCACACGUGUAUUUAGGGUGAGGUAGAGAAUGGUAUCACAAAUAAAAUCUGGUGGAUGAUUCGGUUGAGGCCAACAAAUGCUUGUAAAGCAUAAGCAAAGGGUGUGGUUUGGCAUGAGGUAUGCCAUUCUGUAAAUUAAUACGAGUUGCAAUUUAGUUUACUGAGAUAUGUACCCCAGCAA